UCUCUCUCUCUCUCUCUCUCUCUCUCUCUCUCGUAACAUCAUAACAGUUCAGCGUGAGCAAGAGGACGUAGUGCUGAUGGCUUCCAGCUCAAACCCCAGUCUGCUGCUGAUGGGCAGGUGCAGCUGUCAGGGGCAGGAAAAGUGUAGCACCAGCAUUCUCUACCAGCUCCUGAACCAGGGCUGCCAGUGUGGGGCUGCCCAAGAGAGGGCGAAAUUAUCCCUGCGGGUCACUAGCCAGGCAGCCUCUGAGGUACUGCUGAAAACGAUGGAGUUUGUAAAGAAGCUGCCCUCCUUCCUGGCACUGGUCCUCCAGGACCAAGCCAAGCUUCUCCAGGCAGGCUGGGCGCCACUCUUUUUGCUGGGUUUAGCUCAGGAGAAGGUGGACUUCCACUUGGCAUCACCCAAGAAGAGCAUCCUGCUGGGGAUCCUGACAGAAAAGCAGCAGCAGCAGGGAGACUCUGGAGGACAAUACAGGGAGAAGCUGGGGAAAGCCAAAGAGUUCUUGAAAGGGUGCUGGAGUCUGGAUAUAAGCACCAAUGAAUAUGUCUAUCUCAAAGGGAUUGUCCUCUUCAGUCCUGCUGUCCCAGGCUUGCUGUGUCCCCAUCACAUCCACUACCUUCAGCAGGAAGCCAAGAUGACCUUACAGGAGCACCUCAGCUCCCUGCACCCUGACGCCCCCUCUCGACUCGCCCAGCUUCUCCUGACCCUCGACUCCCUACAGGCCAUCAGUGCCAGAGGCAUCACGGAGCUCUUCUUCUAGCCAAUCACAGGAAACACAGCCACGGAGGCGCUGUUGUAGGAGAUGCUUUAGCCCAGCUAAUGCUGGCCUUUCAUCUGCUCUCAACUGCUUUGAGGGAUGAAGCUGCAAUACACAAAAACUGCUUUUACAACAUUUCCAUCCUCUCAUCCAUACAGGUCCACUGCUAUUAAUAAAACUCCACAUUGCUCAUAUAUAAAAAAGAUUGUAUUUCAUAUUUCGUGGUUUUCAUGAAUUGUUUUGGUCCUGCUAAAUGUAUAAGCUGCUUCUAUCAUACAUUUAUGA